AUGAGAAACUCUAGGAUACGAGAUCUGCAGGAGGAACAAUGCAGGCUGAAUGUUGACUUCGAGCGCCAAUUACAGCAACAUGCACAAGCGGACUCCAGGCAGCUGGCGGAUAUGAUGCGCACAAAGCUCCCAUUAGAGCUUAGGGAACUCCUCUACAAAUAUCUAUACCUUGAGGAUGCCCCAAUUCCAGUAGGCUCUUACCACUUCACGACUUACGUGCCCGAGCCUCUAAGGUCAGAAGAAACCAACAUGACACACGAUGAGCCUUUCAUCCUGAUUCCCGAAGGAGCGACCAGACAGGAUCACAGCAUUGAGCGGGAUGAAAACAUCGUUUAUCCAGACAGCAGAUUGCUCGAUCCUGCCACUUACCUCACCUUCUACGACAACCUUCACGAUGGGGAGAAGAAACUUGUACAAAGCAUCUUCGACGCCCUGCAUGACUUCAGUAGUCACGUCAGACCCGCCAUUGCAUCACAGCUACACGUCGAGUUUUGCAUGAUGACGGCUUACAAGGAGCCAGUUGAUGAAGAUGGGCAUAACCGCGACAAUCGUCAUCACCUGAACCUCCUCGAAGCCCUCCGUGUUCCGGUAUACAUGCUCAAGCACGAUCUGGGCGUGGACAUUACAAUCAUACACUAUGACGAGCAUGUGAGCGUAUUCCCUAGAAAUGUCACCGCCAUCUUUCAAUUGUCAGAGGACAAGUGGUCAAAGGAAAAGCAAGCUUACAAGGCCGCCGACAUCUCGUACUCACCGUCGCAAUACUACGUUGAUAUCCGUGGAAGCACGAAACCUUUUGCUCUCGAUGAUUCUAUUAAAAUCUUGUAUAGUCGCUGGGGCCUUUCUUCAGCCUUCAACAAGGAAUGCAAAUUUUCCAUUAGAGAAAGUGAGGUGUGGCCUAUACGCCAGGACUUGCUAAGGUCUGGCCCAAUGGAGGAAUAG